AAAAUGUUUAAUAAAAAAUAUAAUUAAUAGGCAGCACAACGAUUGCAACUUCAAAAUUAAGCUCACAAAUUUUUUAUCAGCACAAGUGGAAUGGAAACUCAGUUUCUUUGAUUUCCAAUCCUCUCCAAUAAGCCGUAUCUGACACUCAGGGCAAGUUAAAGGAGGCCAACUAUGAUACUCUCGGCUUUCGCAGCAGAAUAUGCAACUUCCAUUCAACAAUAAUCCUGGGGAAGAGGCUCGACGGCGUGCCCUUAUCUCUUUCUUUUAUUUGUAGAGUUAAAGAAAACAAAAUGGCGGCUGCAUUAAUUUUAAGCCCACCCACAUUGGCACUGAGCUUAAAUUCUCCAAUUCCACUCAUCAACAACCUUAUUGGGAAAUACAGAAAUGGGUUUUCUAUUUGGGUAUACAACACCUCCAAAUUAAGCGUAAUGGGGAAUACAAAACGAAGUAGACCACGAACUGCUAAAUACCCUAUCAUAAAAGCAUUGCAAAACAAAGGCCGUGUAGAUGAAUGGGAUGAAAUAGUAAUAAAUCAAUCAUUGCUAGCUAAAUCCCCUGAGCUUGAGGGCAUGUGUAGUUUCUUGUGCUCAAAGAGACGGUUGCUAACAGUGGCUGUAAUUCUUGCACUGUUUUUAACAAGCAAGCAUUCAAUUGCUGUUGAAACUGCAGAAAAGAGAAACGCCAAUUUAUCACAGAAGGAGCCUGAAAAAUCUAGUACUGUGGAUUCUACAAAGAAAUCUGUGCCCAAGAAAAGCAUUUUUUCUGGGCUUCUCAAUACACAGUCAUGGUAUCGGUUCAGAGGAAAUGGCUUUUCUUUGCGCGUUCCUCCUGAUUUUGAUGAUAUCAUGGAGCCCGAGGAUUACUCUGCAGGCUCAUCCUUAUAUGGUGAAAGGGCAAAGCCCAAGACUUUUGCUGCUCGGUUUGCGUCACCUGAUAGAUCAGAAGUAUUAAGCGUGGUGAUCAAACCUUCAAAUGAACUCAAGCUUUCUUUCUUAGAGGCUCAGGAUAUCUCAGAUUUUGGUUCUUUGAGAGAGGCUGCUGGUCUGUUUAUUCCAGGCGGAGCAACAUUGUAUGCUGCACGCACAAUAAAAUUUAAGGAAUCUGAUGUUCCAAGGACAUACUAUUUUUAUGAAUUUUCUGCACAAGAUAGACAUGUUACGUUAGAAGCUGCUGUUUCUCAGGGGAAGGUAUUUGUUGUAGGAGCAACAGCCCCUCGAUCUCAGUGGGAGGAUGCUGGUGAUAAGCUGCGUUCAGCUACAGUAUCAUUUACCCUUGUAUAACUAGCUUUUGGGUCAUUGCAUGGUAUGCCAUACAUUCCAUUACAGAAACUACAAAGCAAGGAGAGAAGGUAUACUGUAAAACAUCAAGAGGUAUGACCUUGUCAUUUCUGUUGGGCAGAAUACUGUCUCAAUCCCUUCCUUGUCAAGGUAAAAUUGUGAUAUACUUGAGAGAUAUAUGGCUGUUGAGAUUAGUAAAGUACCGUCUUUCCAGAUGUGAAUUUCCCUGUAACUAGAAGUGAAGGCUUGGAGAAUAUUUGAUUUACGAACAAGUAAUGAAACUAUACCCUUUGAGAAGAACAAAAGUUUCACACUAGAUUAUUUUGUGAAGGAAAGCUCCUUGUUGUCAUUUGAAUGUUUGCAGUACAUGUGCAGACAUGAAUAACGUUGAAAUACCAAACCAAGAGAAAAGUUACUACAUUUGUUUAUAAUGUUCUCUAUUAUUUGGCUACCCUGUGAUUCUGAGGAAUUCCAUGGAGUACUGAAGAUUCGUUUGGUUGAGGCAGACUUGCUAUUGUGAACCUACAUUAGGGAUAUAUUUUAUGUGAAGGCUGCAGGAGGCCUCCAUAUUCUGGUAUGGCAAGUGCCUGUGGUUUGCUCAUAGACUUGUCACUUAAAUGACAAAAUCCAUGAGGUAGAAUUAAUUAUUGGCAGUGUGACCUAAUAGAGAAAGAGAUUGAAGCGUUGUAAAAUUUUAAUGAAUGCAUUGCAACUCAUUCAACAUAUUUGCUUGCAAAAAGCUUGUUAUAGGAUAAUUCUGGGUUAGCCCAUAGCUUUAGUCACUAAUUUUAUAUUCAUUCCGUAUGCCAAAGAUGCACAUACUUCAUUCAUAUUGUAUUAAAAAUUAACUUGAAAGGCUGUAACGAGAGAGCUUAUUGAAAUGCUAUUA